CUCGGUAUCAGAAAACAGGCAGGAUCAAGAAUAUUUUCAUUGGAAAAUAUUAAAUCAACUGGAGCUAGAAGUGUAUUCGCGGUGCUUUGUGUGAGAACGGAUAUUUUACUUAGGAAAUAUGGCAGAACAGGAAGUGGGAGGUAAAGAUCAUCAACGGAAGGUUGCCAUUGGCAUUGACGAGAGUGAACAUUCAGAACGAGCCAUUCAGUGGUUCUUUGACAACGUGAUGCGACCAGACGACUUUCUCGUGUUGAUACACACUCCUGAAAUAUAUGAUCUCACUAUGGCAAGCCCAGCUGUUGUUGAUCAGCUGCUUAAGGACGUUACAAAGAAAGUGAAAGCUCUAGAGAAAAAGUACAAAAACAUUGUAGAGAAAAAAGGGCUGACGGGCAAAUUCCGGACAGGUCAGGGGAAGCCAGGAGAGGUUGUCUGCAAAAUCGCAAAGGAGGAAAAGUGCAAUCUCGUGGUUACCGGCACGCGUGGACUCGGCAAAGUCCGAAGAACAUUCCUUGGCUCCGUUAGCGAUUACAUCAUCCACCACUCGCACGUGCCCGUUCUAGUAGUAAGAAAUUCAGCACUUCAACACUAGUGCCUUUAGUGUUUUUAUUCCUUGUAAUUUCACUUGUGGACUGUUCAUUGAAAACAGUCAUCAUAUGAAAUAUCGUUUAAAACAUUUCUUAUCUGUUAUUUCUUUAAACAUCGAGUCAAAUGUGAUGGAAUGAAAUUCAUGACACAAUACCGUUUUGGGCUUGACCGUUUAUGUUAAAUAGGACUGAAGUGGGUAUGAACCAUUGUAGUGGUUUAUUGACCUGGCUUUUGCUGUGGGAACACUCAAAGUGGAUUUAAAUUAACCUUUCCAUUCUGAAAUGUUCGGUUCCUCGUAUCUCAUACAUGUAGUUUUUGUAUUUGCACACUUAAGUUGUUUUGUCCUAAUAUUAUACCGUUUGUAGCUUUUCGUUGUUAACAUAUCAGAUUGUACGCAUUUUUUCAAUUCAAUUUUAAGAACAAUCUUUUCGUGAUUUACAGCACUGUACACUAAAUAUGAUUACAUGUAUGUUAGUUUAAUUUUAGUUAGUUCAGCUUUUUUGUACACAAUUUCAAACAAAGUCAAUCUUUCGCCCUACAUUGUUAAAAUUCAAUUAUAUUUGUUGGCUACAUUAGAUUGUUGAUUGUGAAAAAUGUUUAAAAAUAAUUUUGAAAGCAUUUAGCAUGAACAUAAAUUCAUCGCAAAUUUAGGGUAAAUUUGAUUAUGUUAAGGAACUAAAAAUUGUACCAUGUUUGAACUUGUGUAUUCGUUAGAAUGGGCGUAACCGUUUUAUAACUACCGUGUGUAUAAAUUACAACGAUAAACACUUAUACUGCUCGCUACAUGUUGAACAUUGACAUUGUCCACGCUCCCGAGCUCGUGCAUAAUCUCAUUAAAUCGCCUUGUGAGUGCCGAAACUGUUGUUAUGGUCAUUAACGAAUACAAGUGCGAUGUACCAGUAACUUAUAAUGUGUAUCGAUUUGCAUGGAUCUAUAUGUGUACAUACAGACAUCGACAUAUUAUAAUAAUGGGCUAUUAAACAUAUAUGAAUAGGU